AUGACACCUCCUGGAUCCGACACAAUACAACAACAAACUGCAGUAAAUCUUUAUACGAGGCCACAUAGAAUGCUCUCAGUGGAUACAGAGAGGCCAAUGCAGUCCUGGGUGAAAAUGGAGGGAGUCAAGUCCAGAAAUGGAUCAAAUAAAGAGGCUGAUGAUGAUUACAGAGAGGCUGUGAUGGUGUUUGACGAGUGGACUGUUUAUCGCGACCUCGCUGCCCCGUAA